AUGUAUGAUAUAAAUAAGGCAAUAUGUGCUGAGAUAAAGAGUGCGGAGCUUGAUGUAUUAAACAGUGGUGAGUUGAGAAGAAUAUCAAUGGGUAAAUAUGAAAAUGAAAAAUAUGAAUAUGAGAAAACUCAUAAAAGUGGAGUUGUUACAAAAAUGUAUUAUGACCCAAAAUAUGGUACCAUUGAUCAUAACCAGAUAUGUUCAGUUUGUUUUGAAAGACAUGAAAAUUGUACUGGUCAUAUUGGUCAUAUUGAAUUUGUUCUUCCAUUAUUUAAUCCAUUAUUUUAUAAAGAAUUACAAGAAUUAUUAAAUUUGAUUUGUUAUCAUUGUUAUAAUUUUUGUUGUUCUGAGGAUGUGAUAUUUUUAUUAAAACAUAUCUUCCAAUUGAAAUCGUUAAAUCAUAUUGAAAGUACUAAUAAAAUAAAAUACAAAAAGAAUUGUGAUUAUGAAUAUAUAAUUGAUCAAGUGGAGAAAUUAUAUAAAAAAAUAUGCAAAGAUUCGGAUAUAUCUUUAGAAGAUAUCGUUGAGGCUAUAUAUGAUGAUUAUGAUAAUGUUUAUGAGGACAAGGAUGGAAGUUUUGAUGAGCACGUGGAUCUUUUGAAUUCUCUGGAAAGGGUAAAAGAUGAAAAAAAUGAUGAAAAAAAUGAUGAAAAAAAUGAUAAAAAAAAUGAUAAAAAAAAUGAUAAUAUGGAUAUAAAUGAUAAUAAUAAUAAUAAUAAUAAUAGUGGUAAUAAUAACAAUUAUUUUAGUGACAAUCUUGUCGACUUAGUCCCAACUGAAGAGAUUUAUGAAGAAGAAACAGACGCACCCGCUAGCGAUGAGAACAAAGAAAACAAACCUGAUUAUAACAAAUUAAAAGAAAGAAUUAAAAAAUAUAAGUUUGAUCCAAAUAAAUUAGCGUUUCAAUCAAAUUAUAAUUAUGAAGAAUAUUUAAUAUUAAGUAAAACUAUUAAACUUCAUAUGAAAAAAAGUAGUAAAUGUUGUUUUUGUAAAUUUCAAAGAAAUAUAAGUGCUAAAGUAUCACAAAGAAGAGAUACCAUAAAUUUUAUAGGUGUACACACAAACAACCCUUUUUUUAAAAAAUAUAUGCCAAAGAAGAAAGAAAAGAAGAAUGACAAAGAUGAUCAAGACGAUAUAGAUGACUUGGAAAAUCUAAAUAAUGUUGACGAUAUAGAUUAUGUUGAUGAUGCAGACAACAUACAUAAUAUUAAUGAUGAUGAAAGGCAAUUGAAUAAUUUUAAAGAGAAAAAUGAAAAUAAUAAAUUGAUGAUAAAAAGAGAAAGUAAAAAAAUUGAAUAUAACAAUAAUAUUAAUUAUGAAUCGAUAAAAAUAGAAGAUGAUAAUAAUGAAAUGGAUGAUAAACAAAUUGAUAUGGAAGAAAGUUAUCCAUAUAAUAAUAAUAAUAAUAAUAAUAAUAAUAAAAAUAAUAGUGGUAAUAUUAAAGAAAGUAUGGGAUAUGAAAAUUCUUUUAAUGAAUUAUCAACACAUAAUAUAACGAACGAUAAAAUAAAAAAAAGUUCGACCUUUACAGAUAUGGUUAAUCAUUAUAAUAAAACACAACCUGUUAAAGAAAAAUGUACUAUACGUUUAUUUAGUUUUCAAGUUAUAGAUAUAUUAAAAAAAAUAUUUGAAAAUAAUAAUAAAGAUAUUAUUAAUUUAUUAUAUCCAUUUACUAAAAGAGAUGGUUAUAAGAAAUUUUUUUUAUAUGAUAUGGGUGUAAGUGGAAACCGAUUUAGAAGUCAAUCUAAAGGUAUACAUGUUCGAACGAAGAUAACAAAUACAUUAUGUCGAUUUAAUAAUUUUAUUAAACUAUGUAUAAAUGCAAAGAAAAAGGUUGAUUUUGAUUAUUUAUUAGAACAUAAUAAGAAAGAUUUAAAAUUAUAUAAAGAUAUGUUUUCUGUUUUUUCUUUAAAAAUGAAAUAUAAAUUUAAUCAUAAUAUAAUGGAUGAUGAUACAGAUAUAACAAAGAUGGAUUUUUUAAAAUAUUAUACAUUAGUUUAUAAUAAUAAAAGUGCAUAUAUAAAUAUAUUAUUUAGCACAUUACAAUUAGGUGUUAAUACAUUUUAUGAUUCUACUUUAACCGAAAAAGUUAAUAAUAAACAUUUAAAAAAUAUAAGUAUAAGACAAAUAUUAGAUAAAAAAGAAGGAAUCUUAAGAAAAAAUAUAAUGGGUAAAAGAGUAAAUAAUUGCGCAAGAACUGUUAUAUCUCCAGAUACAUUUAUUGAAACAAAUCAAAUAGGUAUGCCUUUAGAGUUUGCAAAGGUAUUAACUAUAGAUGAAUAUAUAACACAAAAUAAUUUUACUUAUAUAAAAAAGUUAAUACAAAAUGGUCCAAAUAUAUAUCCAGGUGCACUUAGUUAUAGAGAUUCAAAUGGUAGAGUAUUUAAAUUAUCACAUAAAUAUGAAGAUAGAUUAAAGGUAAUUGAAAAAAUAGAAAAAAUUAAUUUUCAAACAGAAAAUAGUUAUAUACUUCAUAGACAUGCACGUGAUGGAGAUGUAGUUAUAAUGAAUAGACAACCUACAUUACAUAAAUUUUCUAUUAUGGCUCAUUAUUUAAAAAUAUUUGAGAAAGAAAAGGUUUUUAGAUUAAAUUAUGUUAAUUGUAGUUCUUAUAAUGCAGAUUUUGAUGGUGAUGAAAUGAAUUUACAUUUAUUACAAACACCAUUAGCAAGAGCUGAAGCAACUCAUUUAAUGAAUUGUGAUUUUUUAUUUACAAGUUUUAAAGAUGGAUCUCCACUUAGAGGUUUAGCUCAGGAUUUUAUUCUUGGUGGUUUACAUUUAACAUCCUUAGAAACAUUUCUGAAUUAUGAUGAAUAUUGUAAUUUAUUGCAGUGUUCAUUGAACUCUUUGAUAUCUCAAAAAAAUUCAUUUUUUAUUAAGAAAAAGAAAAACAACAACAUGAACAACAACAUGAACAAUAAUAAUUGUAGUAGUAGUAGUAGUAGUGUUGUGAAAAAUAUGAAGAAUUCACAAUAUAAUAUACAAUAUGAUAUUAAUAAUAAUGAGAAUAAUGCUGAUUAUAAUAAAAAGAUGAGUAUUAUAAAAACAAAUCAAUCUAUUGAAGAUAAUGGAAAAAUAUUAAGUGCUGUAUCAAAUGAUGAAGGAAGAAAUAAUUCUAUAUAUGAUUUACAAAUAAAUAAUUUAAUGAAACCACAAGAUAUAGAUAUUUUAAAAGAAACAAAUAAUGUUGAACAAUUUAAUGGUAAUGUUUUAAAAAUUACGAAUUAUAAUUAUCUAGAUCCAUAUGCUAUUAUAUUAAACAGAACUAAUUUUACUAUCAUUACAGAAGAACCAGCAAUUCUAUAUCCAAAAAAAUUAUGGACAGGGAAACAAUUAAUAACAAGUAUUUUAAAAACAGUUAUUGAUAAGGUUGCUAUAGAGACAUAUAAUAAAUAUAAUGAUAAUGAAUUUAUGAAUACAUAUAAAGGAAUUAAUUAUGUAGCUAAAGCAAAAACAUCACCAGAUUUAUGGUCCUUUGAUCCAUUGAAAGAAAAUGAAGUUAUUAUAAAAAAUUCAGAAUUACUACAAGGUGUAUUAGAUAAAUUACACUUUGGUGCCAGUUCAAAUAGUUUAGUUCAUUUAUGUCAUGAAUUAUUUGGACCCAAAACUAGUGCUGUUAUGUUAGAUUGUUUUGGAAGAUUAUUUAUAAAUUUUUUACAACUUCGGGGGACGAGUUUAAGUUUAUAUGAUUUUAUAUUGAAUAAAAAUGCAAAGAAAGAAAAACGUCUUAUUAAAAAAAGGAUUUCUUUUACUGGUUUUUAUUUACAAAAUUUAUUUGUUUAUUCUAUAGCAAAUUCGAUAAAUGCUGAUAUUACUGAUAUGAAUUCUUAUACAAAAAAAAAAAUGAAUACAGGCAACCAAAGAAAAAAAUUAAUACUUAAUAAAAUGUAUGAUUUAUAUGAAAAACAAAAUGAACUUAUAAAUAAUAAUUUUAUUGAGAAAGAAAAUGAUAUAAACAAAAUGAAAACAAAACAUAUAAAAAAUGAUAGUGAUAUAAUUAUUAAAGAUGAAAAUAUUUUAUCUAUAUCAGAAAAUUCUUAUUUACUUGCCUUGUUAAAUAAAGAAUUACAAAAUAUUAUAUUCCACAUAUUAAAUGAAAUACAAUUUUGUGAUGAUAAUGUUUCUUUAUUAAAUAAAGACAAAAACAAAAAUAAAAUUUCGAACAUUUCUAAUAAAUAUAAUAAACAUGAUAAUGUUGUAAAUCUAGAUAAUGAACCAAAUUCUAAUUCAUCUUUAUAUUCAUGUGUUCAAUAUGUUCUUAAUAAAGAUCUUUUUAAUAUAUAUGAAAAAUAUUUAAAUGGAAAAAAUGAAGAAGGAAAUAAACAUAUAUUAUAUAAUAAUUCUCAAAUAGAGGAAACAAAUAAUAAUUUCUUAAAUUCUAUAACAAACAAAUUAUAUAAAGCUUUAAAAGAACCUACAUUUUUUAAUUCCACUAGUUUUACUAUAAAAAAAAUUACAAAGAUUAUUGAAAAAGUACUUACCUUUUUGAAAGCAGCUAGAUGUAACAAGAGAUUGAAAAUUUAUAUUAUAUUUGAAUUAUUUCAAAAUAAAAAUAUUAUGAAAUAUUUCCCCUCCUUAGUUACAUAUAUAAAUAGUUUUGAUUAUGAUGUAAGUAAUGACGAAAUUAUUAAAAAUGUUAUAAAUAAUAUAUAUUUUAAAGAAGAAGACGAAUCACACAUAUCAUCUAUAAAUAAUAUGAAUGUGCAAGAUAAUUGUAAUAAAGAUCUAAAAAUUAAAUGUGAAGAACAAAAUAAUGAAUUUGGAGAUAACGAAAAAAUAAAGAAGAAAAGAAAAUUUGUUGAAGAAAAAAGCAUUCAAGAAAUAAAAAAAUAUAAGUUGAAAAAAUUUCUUCAUUUUUAUGGUGAAUUACAUAAAAAAUGGAAUUAUGAAGGAGGAUAUAAUAUUGACGAGAAGGAUUUUAUGAAUACUUAUAAUAAUAAUAAUAAUGAUAAUAAUAAAAAUAAUGAUAAUAAUAGUGAUAGUUAUAAUGAUAAUUAUAAUGAUAAUAAUAGUGAUAAUUAUAAUCAUAAUAAUCAUAAUAGUGAUAGUUAUAAUAGUUAUAGUAAUAAUAAUUUAUUUAAAAGAAGUGCUGUGAAAAAUGAGAUAAUGACAAAUAUAAAUCCUACAAGUAAUGAUGUAUAUGAUGAAAAGAUUAUAAGAAAUUGUUUAAUGUCAAGUUUACCUUCUUUUACUUUAAAUGAUGAAAUAACUAAUUUAUCAUAUAACGGAAAACAUCAAUAUUAUGAAGAUUAUUUAUGUUCAAAAAAAAAAGAUGAAGAAGAUUUAAAUUUUAAAUAUUAUAAUAUGGAUGAUGUAUUUUAUAAAAUGGAAUAUUUAAUACAUAAUUAUUUUUAUUUAAAAAGAUCAGAUUUUGACAAUUUAAUUGAUUCAUUAUUUCAGCCUUAUUUAUGUCGAGUAUCUUCUGGAACAAAUAAUUUAAUUAAUAUGAAUAAUUUAAUGAAUAAAUUUUUAAAUAAUGGUUUUAGUAAUAUGAUUUUUACUGGUGCUAAAGGUAGUAAAGUUAAUUAUUCUAUGAUUUGUGGUAUGUUAGAUCAACAAUAUUUAGAAGGUAAACGAGUUCCUAGAAUGAGAUCUGGAAAGACAUUACCAAGUUUUCAUAGAUAUGAUUAUGGAGCUAGAUCAUGUGGUUUAAUUACUGAUUGCUUUUUAGAAGGUUUAAGACCACAAGAAUAUUUUUUUCAUUGUAUGUCAGGAAGAGAAGGUUUAAUAGAUACAGCUGUGAAAACCGCCAAAUCAGGUUAUAUUCAAAGAUGUUUAAUUAAAUGUAUGGAAUCAGUUAUAUUACAUUAUGAUGGCACUGUUAGAAAUGAAGAUAAUUCAAUUAUUCAAUUUUUAUAUGGUGAAGAUGGUAUUGAUCCAUCAAAAACUGCAUAUUUAGAUUUAUCAAAAGAUCUAUUACAUAAUUAUCAUUUAUCAUUUAGUAAAUAUUUAAAUAAUAAUAUUCAUAGUAAAAUAUUAAAUAAUCAAGAAUUAUUUUUAAAACAUGAAAAAGAUAAUUAUAUAGAAAAUAAUGAAGAACCAUUAAUUAGUAAAUAUAAUCCAUAUACAUAUAUUGGUAGUGUAUCAGAUAAAUUCAAUAAUAAAUUAAAUAAUACAUUAUUAUGGAAUGAUUUAAAUUUCACACAAUAUGAAAACUUACCAAUAAAUUUUGAUACAUUAUCAUCAUCUCUUUUAAAAUCAAAGUAUUAUAAUUCUUUAUGUAAUCCAGGUGAAUCUAUAGGUAUAUUAGUAGCUCAAUCAUUUGGUGAGCCAGCUACACAAAUGACAUUGAAUACUUUUCAUUUAGCUGGUACAGAAAACGUUACUAUGGGUAUUCCAAGAUUAAAAGAAAUUUUUUUAACAUCAAAAUUGACAUCUAAACCUAUGAUUUAUGUACCUAUAAAAUUACAAGUUGAUAAUUUAAAAAAUGAUCCUAAUAAAAUGAAAAAUUAUAUUACAAAUAUUGCAGAUAAAAUCUUAAGUAGUUAUCAAAGUAUUUUUUUAACAGAUGUUAUAUAUGGUAUUGGUGUUGAUAGGAAAAUUAUCUUAAAAGAAAAUCAAAAUGAACAAAAACAUACUAUUAAUUUAUCAGAUAUUAUGAAUAAUGAAAAUAUAAUAAAUAGUAAUAUUGAACAACAAAUUAAUACAGAUAAUACUGAGCUAGCCAAAAUUAAUAAUGUUUUAAAAAAUUGUAAUAUUAAUUUUGAUAUGAAAAAAGAAUGGAAUUAUGAAAUUAUUAUUCAAUUUGAAAAUUUAUAUCAUUUCUGUAAUAUUAAUAAACAUCUAACAAUAUCAUUUAUACUUUACAAAGUAGUAAAUGCAUUAUUAAAUUCUGUCUUAAAUAAGGUUCAUGAAACUUUUGUAUUUCAUAAUUUAAUAAACAUUAAUUCUUUAAAUCAUGAAUAUUAUGAUGAGUUAUAUGACUUCAUAAGUAAAAAAAUGUCAGAAGAAUUUAAUUUUAAUAUGGAUAAAUAUGAAUAUAAAGAUGAUGAAGAUCAAAUAAAUGCUAAGUUAAAAUUCAUGGCAAAAGAAAAUGAACGUUAUGAAUCCAAAAGAGGCGCAAAUAAUAAUAUAUCAGGUGAAUAUCAAAAUGCAUCACAUAAUAUGGCUAGCCAUAUGGAAGAUGAUUCUCCAACGAAAUCAUAUAAUGAUAUUUCAAAUAAAGAAAAUAUGUCUGCUUAUGACCUUGAAAAAGGAAAUGAUGGGGAUCGUGACCACGAUGAUAUGUCUGAUAUCGAGUUGAAGGAUAAUUCUGAAAAAAAUUCCAACAGUGAUCAAGCGUCAAAAAACGGUGAUAGUGAUACUGAAGAAGAGGAAGAAGAUGAUGGAUUAAAGUCAGAGAAGGAUAAAGAAGAGGAUGAAAAGGAAUAUGACGAGGAGGGAGAAAGUGACACAAGUAGUAAGAUUGAUAGUGAUAAUAAUAUUGAUAUUGAUAAUAAUAGUGAUAAUAACAAUGAUAGUGAUAAUAAUAGUGAUACUAAUAGUGAUAAUAACAACGAUAGUGAUAAUAAUAGUGAUAAUAAUAGUGAAUUAGAAAUGAUGAGGUCCAAUAAAAAAGAAAUGAUAGAUAUAAAUAAUAAAGAUAAAUGUUUGACUAAUAGAAAUUCUAGUAAUGAAUCCAAAAUAUCAGAAUGCUCCAAUACACGAGGAAGUACUGUAAAUUAUUUUUCAUCAGAAACUAGUGCUACACAUCAUAUAUUAAUAGAUGAAGAAACAUCAGAUAUUUUUCAUAGUUUGAAAGAUAAAAAAAUAAAUAAUACUAAAUUAAAUAAUAUUAAUGAUAAUAAAAAUAUGUCAUCAACCACGGUUUCAUCUUCUUUAUCAUCAUCAUCAUUAUCAACACCAUUAAAUAAAAAAAAUAAUGAAUAUGAUGAACAUAUAAAUGAUAUUCAUUUUAUAGAAAAAAAUAAAUUUGAAGAAGAAAUGGAUAAUAAAGAAGAAUAUAUUACUAAAUCAUUUACCAAAUUAUCUUAUGAUUAUAAAAAUAAUAUUAAUUUAAUAAUAUCUUCAGAUGAUGAUGAAGAAAAUAUUGAACAAAAUGAAGAAGGACAAAAAAUAAAAAAAAAUGAACAAAGAUAUGUUAAAAAUAUUAUUGAUAAAAUAAAAAGUAGUUUACUCUGUUUUAUUAAAAAUAUACAUUUCUCACCUGUAACAUGGAUAUUAAAAUUAGAUAUAGGAUGGGAUAUUAAUUUUUUUCCAUAUCCUAUCGAUUUCUUAAAUCAUAUAAAAUCAGAAAUAAAUAAAGAAGUUUUAUUCAAAGUAAAAGAUUUAAAUAAUCCAAAAAUUUUAAAGGGUAAAGAUAUUACUCAUAGUGGAGCAGAAUAUGAAUUACAAAUUGAAGGAAAAAAUAUUUAUAAAUUGUAUAAUAUUAAAGAUAAAUAUAUCGAUAAAACAAAAUUAUAUUGUAAUGAUAUUUAUGCUAUUGUUAAAACAUAUGGUAUCGAAGCAGGAAGGUUAUGUAUAACUAAGGAAUUAAAAAAAGUUUUCGAUGCUUAUGGAAUACAAAUUGAUUUUAGGCAUUUGUCAUUUAUAAGUGAUUUUAUGACACAUACAG